AUGCCGACUGCCUGGCUUCCAGUCCCCGAGGUGUGUUUUGAUUGUGGUGCCAAAAAUCCCAGCUGGGCAAGCAUAACCUAUGGGGUGUUUCUUUGCAUCGACUGCUCAGGGACACACCGGUCACUUGGUGUUCACUUGAGUUUCAUUCGAUCUACAGAGUUGGAUUCUAACUGGUCUUGGUUCCAGCUGCGAUGCAUGCAAGUUGGAGGAAAUGCUAACGCAUCGUCCUUCUUCCACCAGCACGGCUGCGCCACCAGCGACGCCAACGCCAAGUACAACAGCCGCGCGGCCCAGCUCUACCGGGACCGGGUCAAGUCCCUGGCCGCCCAGGCCACGCGGAAGCACGGCACUGACCUGUGGCUGGAUAGUUGUGUGACUCCACCUUUGUCCCCUACGCAAAAGGAGGAGGACUUCUUUGCCUCUCAUGCUUCUCCCGAGGUGAGUGGCACAGGAUGGACCUCAGCACACCUAGAACCAUCUUCUUUAACACCAAGGAACGUGGAAGCCACCCCAGCAAAUAAUGAAGGUGGACCAGAGCAAGGACCAAGUGUGGAAGGUCUUAAUGUUCCAACCAAGGCUCCCGUAGAGGUGUCCUCUAUCAUAAAAAAGAAACCAAAUCAAGCUAAAAGAGGACUUGGGGCCAAAAAAGGAAGUUUGGGAGCCCAGAAACUGACUAAUACGUCCUUUAAUGAAAUUGAAAAACAAGCCCAAGCUGUGGAUAAAAUGAAGGAGCAGGAAGACUCAACCAGGACGGCACCUAAAGAAGAAUCAAUUGUUUCGUCCUUGCGGUUGGCCUAUGAGGAUCUUGAAAUUCAAAUGAAGAGAGAUGAAAAGAUGAACAUGCCCCGAAGGCAAAAGGCGGAGUCGGAGAGGCUGGGCAUGGGGUUUGGGACCUGCAGAAGUGGUAUUUCACAUUCAGCCACUUCAGAUAUGCAGACCAUUGAACAAGAAACACCAAUCUCAGGAAAACCAAGGAAAAAGUACAGCGAUGACGAUGAUUCAUAUUUUACUUCCAGCUCAAGGUACUUUGAUGAGCCGAUGGAGUUCAGGAGCAGCUCUUUUUCUAGUUGGGAUGACAGUUCAGAUUUCUACUGGAAAAAGAAGUGCGUCAAAGAGACUGACACAGUUCUGAAAACCACAGGUGAUUCAGGCAGACCUGCUACGCGCCGCAAGCCGGACUAUGAGCCAGUUGAAAAUACAGAUGAGGCCCAGAAGAAGUUUGGCAAUGUCAAAGCCAUUUCAUCCGAUAUGUACUUUGGAAGACAAGCCCACGCUGAUUAUGAAACCCGGGCCCGGCUGGAGAGGUUUUCGGGAAGUUCCUCCAUAAGUUCGGCCGAUCUGUUUGAGGAGCAGAGGACGCAGGCGGCAGGAAACUACAACCUCUCGAGCGUGCUGCCCACCGCCCCCGACAUGGCCCAGCUGAAGCAGGGGGUGAGGUCCGUGGCGGGGAAGCUCUCUGUCUUUGCUAACGGCGUCAUGACUUCGAUUCAGGAUCGCUAUGGCGCUUGACACUGAUGUCAUGUGCUUCCUGGAGAAAUUCCUCUUUACUGAACCGGUGGCCACACGACAGGCUGCAGCAGAGACUGGCCAGUCUGCAGAUUGUUUUGCCAGCUUUUCACGUGGCCUAGAUACAUUACUUUCAGCUUUUCUUUUGAUAUAGUAGAAGCCUUAUGUCAUUUCUGUUUGUGCGUCUUCCUGCACACCCUCCUUUUGGCAUGUCCAUCAUAUCCUUGCUUUGUUUUCUUGGAAUUUCCAACCGCUGGGGCCUGGACACACAGGCCCCUCCCACCUCGUCCAGGAUGGAGAGCCUUUGUCUCAGCGCCUACGACCCAUGGGCUGGGGGCUACCAGAACCAGAUGAUGCCAACUGGGCCUGGAAAUGGAAAAUUCACAGCACACGUUUCAUUAAAAAUAGAGCAAAUAAUAAAAGCAAAAGACCAAAAAUGAGUGGUGUCUGAUCUGACAGAUUGCUUCAUUUCUACAUACUAAGGCAAUUUCAAAAUAAUGUUUAAAGUCACCUGUCCCCUUGUAAAUUGUUUAUUUUGUAUCAUCUGUAAAUUCAAAACUAAUUUUCCGUGAGCGCUUUUACCAAACCUAAGCCUCUGUUGCCAAGGGAACGGAUCUUUGACAAGGUGUGGCUGUUUGAAUUUAUGAGAAACAUGAGGACUCCCUAAGUGCAUUUACAGACUGAUCCAGUGUCCAGAAUUAAAAAUGACUAAGGCAAGAAGAUACACUAAUGAUAAAGAGCUCAGUACAUGGGAAAGUACUAGUUGUAAUUGGGGACUUUUGUUAAUAUUUUUAAUCCUAAUCUUUGUUUUCAAGCAAUUUCAGAAUAUGUAUAAAUAAAGAAAAAUAAUUUGGCUGUGUUUUAGACAGCACUGGAAUAUAUUGUUCAGAACAGUAAAAUAUAUUUCAAUCUGAUGAACCCGAAAUGUGGUUUCAGCUGAAUAUUUUGUGACUCUUUCUUACAAGCUCCAGUUAUUCGACUUCUAAAUAAACAGUUGCAGCAGA